UUAGGCUGGGUUUCUGUACAGCACUUUGAGAUAUCAGCUGAUGUAAGAAGGGCUUUAUAAAUAAAUUUGAUUUGAUUUAGACAUGCCAGGCUCAUACAGCCCUCCGUCCCCUCUGGGGGAGUCCCUUCUGGGCAGACCGCUGUGUGGAGGCCUGAUCACAGACAUGGAAGACACAUGGACUGAAGAUAUUUCUCAGUGGGAUGACACACUCAGUGGGAUGACACACUCAGCUCCUUUGACCUGUACCCUGAGUACUACAGCACUGGCCCUGGGUCGGAGAAUUCCAUUGCUCUGGGGAUUCUUGAGAAGGACCAUCAGACUGAAGUUGGAAUAUGACAAGUGUGACCGACACUGUAAAAUACAGAGGAAGAACUGCAACAAGUGCCAAUACUGUCGCUUCUACAAGUGCCUUGCUGUGGGCAUGUCCAACAAUGGUAAGAACCCUUUUGUCAUCCACGACAUGGAGACAGUCCUGCUGGCUGAGCAGAUGGUGAUGGCCAAGCUGGUAGGUGUAGGAGGUGGUGUCGGCCCAGAUGGAGCAGGGUCUGGGCCCGAGGAACUCCAGGAGAGGGAGGCAGAGGCCAGGCUGUUCCACUGCACCCAAUGCUUCUCUGUGGAGACUGUGACAGAGCUCACAGAAUUCGCCAAGUCCAUACCAGGCUUCCAGUGCCUGGACCUGAAUGACCAAAUGGUGACUGUUGAAGUGGGGGUGUAUGAGGCCGUCUUCACCCUCCUGGCCUCCUGAAUGAACAAAGAUGGCCUCCUGGUGGUGAGUGGAGGAGUUUUCAUUACCCGGGAGAUCCUCAAGAGUCUACAGUGGCCCUUCAGCGACAUGAUGGAGCCCAAGUUCCAGUUCACCAUGAGGUUUAACUCCUUAAAUUUGGACAACAGUGACCUGGUGCUGGUCUAGGCCACUAUCCUCUGCUGUGGAGGUAAAAGACAAAGCACAGACCCUUUUGACUAUGGUGCAGCUAUGACGGAUGCAUAGCCAGCCCAGUGCACUACACUGUAAAAAAUGGUCUUUGGAUCAAACAAAAAAAAUGCUUCAACUAGUUACAAUUAAAUGAGUUUGGUUAUUGAAAAAAUAUUUCACAGUGGAUUAGAUGGUACAAUGAUUCUCUGCACUGUAUAUAAAACCCAUUUUUUAUCUUGUUCCAAUUCUAUUUUUCCCUUUUUUCUCCACAAUAUUGUAGCCAAAUGGUACCUUUUUACAAUGGAAGUCUUAAACAGGCUUCUACAUACCACAUACUGUCACGUCCUGACCAGUAAAAGGGGUUGUUUGUUAUUGUAGUUUGGUCAGGGCGUGGCAGGGGGUGUUUGUUUAGUGUGUUUCGGGGUUGUUUGGGUUAUGUUCUAUGUUUUCUAUUUCUAUGUGGUUUUCUAGUUUUUCUAUGUCUAUGCUAGUUUUGUCAAUGACCUCCAAUCAGAGGCAGCUGUUUGUUGUUAUCUCUGAUUGGAGGCCAUAUUUAAGUGUGUUUGUUUUCACUUGUGUUUGUGGGUGGUUGUUUCCUGUUUAGUCUGAGCACCUUACGAGACUGUUAUUGUUGUUAUUUUUGUUUAAGUGUGGUUACCUUCAAUAAAACGAAGAUGAGCAAUAUA